CAGUUGUGAGAAAUCAUGCCUGAGCCCUCUAAGUCGGCUCCUGCCCCUAAGAAGGGCUCCAAAAAAGCCAUCACUAAGGCUCAGAAAAAAGAUGGCAAGAAGCGCAAGCGCAGCCGCAAGGAGAGUUACUCUAUCUACGUGUACAAGGUGCUCAAGCAGGUGCACCCCGACACGGGCAUCUCGUCCAAGGCCAUGGGCAUCAUGAACUCGUUCGUGAACGACAUCUUCGAGCGCAUCGCCGGCGAGGCGUCCCGCCUGGCGCACUACAACAAGCGCUCGACCAUCACGUCGCGGGAGAUCCAGACGGCCGUGCGCCUGCUGCUGCCCGGGGAGCUGGCCAAGCACGCCGUGUCCGAGGGCACCAAGGCCGUCACCAAGUACACCAGCUCCAAGUAA